AUAGUAAAAAAUGCACUAUUUUUUUCAGCUGCUGCUUUUUUAAAUAUCUCAUAAUGGUCGCUCGAAAUAAGCAUUCUCUAGCUCACUUCACAUGGUACGCCGCUCUCAUAAAGCGAUCUUUAACACGAAGUUGAUCAACGAUUGCAUCAGUGCAGAGGAGUUGGUUGGCCAUCAAGGUGUACACGUGCACAUAUAAAUCACCUUAAAAUUCUAAUUUUGUCUUCAUAUCAAGCUUUUGAAGCAUAAUUUCAGUUCAGUACGUUGUCUAAUAACAUUUAGCUGAUCUUUGAGCAGAAGCAGUCAUGCCGCUUUCAUGUCGAUUCUACGAGCAGCUCUACCCGGCCGUGGAGGAUGUUGUGAUGGUGAAGGUGCGUUCUAUCGCAGAGAUGGGGGCGUACGUCCACCUCCUAGAAUACAAUAAGAUUGAAGGGAUGAUCUUGCUAAGUGAACUGUCGAGAAGGCGUAUUCGCUCAAUCAACAAACUCAUCAGAGUGGAUAGGGACGAGUGUGUCGUGGUCAUCAGGGUGGAUGAAGAAAAAGGUUACAUUGAUUUAUCCAAGAGGAGAGUAUCGCCGGAAGAAAUUAAAAAGUGUGAGCAGAAAUAUGCAGCAGCCAAAGCAGUCAAUAGUAUCCUGAGGCAUGUAGGUGAGAUCCUUGGCUACACAAGCAACUCACAACUAGAGGAACUGUAUUCCAAGACAGCGUGGUACUUUGACCAGAAGUAUAAAUCCGUUGGUGACGGAGCAUAUAGAGCCUUCAAGUUAUGUGUGAAAGAACCAGAGAUCUUGAAUGAAUGUAAUCUAGAUGAGGAGACACAUAAAGUUCUUCAGGAGAACAUUGAAAGGAAACUCACACCCCAAGCAGUUAAAAUCAGAUCAGAUAUUGAAGUGGCAUGUUACGGCUAUGAUGGUAUCGACGCAGUGAAGGAUGCCCUCACGAAAGGCCUUGAUCUGUCUUCGGAAGAGAUGCCUAUAAAGAUAAACCUGAUAGCUCCACCCCAGUAUGUGGUCACUACUCAGACGUUACAAAGAGAAGACGGUGUUAAUAAACUGAAAGAAGCAAUCGAUGCAAUACAGGAAAGCAUCAUUAAGAGUGGAGGAGUCUUCAAGGUUAUGAUGGCGCCAAAGGUAGUCACAGACACAGAGGAACAAGAGCUUGCCAGACAUCUGGAGAAUCUGGAGAAAGCAAACGCAGAGGUUGACGGAGACGACGACGGAGAGGAAAUCGGGAACGAGGAAGACUAACUAGCAAGUGAACAUAGUUAGCUGGUUAAAUUCAAUCCUCAUUUAUUUAUAAUGUAUGCGAGGGUGAGAGCUGUAAGCUACCUCAACAAAAGUCAUGGUUUCACUGUUUGUGGGAUAUCACAGCAGCUUUCCUGGUCCCCAAUUCUUAGGUAUAUACAGAGAUUUGUGUGUUUCAUAAUACAUGCGUCACCAAGUUCAUUGUCAUGAGAGUCCUACUUUUCCGUGUGGGUCAAAAACUAUUUUCUUGAUGGCAUGCCCCGUGAGUGAGAAUUGAAAAAUUUAAGAAAUAUUUAACUGAACAAUGAAUCUUUGAGUGCAGGAAAGAAACCGGAUUAUUCAGUAGAACUGCAAGUGAUAUCCCAGGAACACUGCAGUGUUUAUAAAGUGAGGUUUGUAAUCACUAUAAAAGCGAAAGUUGGUGAUUGAUGCAUGGUGAUGUCAACCAAUCUUUUGGGGUUAACGCGAAGGAGUGAUGUCGUAAAUGCGCAACUUGUGCACAUGUGGUAUGAAAUGCACAGAUUGAAGAAUUGGAAAGGAAAAGAUGCUAAACUGCAUUCCAUCUCAUGCCUUACUUAACUCACACUUUUGUUGAGGUACUUAACCCAUAGACUUCUGAAUUCUAUUACUGUCAUCGGCUUUGCACAGGGACCAGUCACUUCCAGUGGUAACAGGUUAAGGAUUAUGUAGAUGUUUUUUAAAUACCUAAAGCCCAGCGCACACUAUGCGACCCAAUUGCACUAAAAUCAGAUUGCAACAAGUUGCCAAUCCCAUCGCAGGCCAGCGCACAUUGCAACAGCUAUGCAGUGCACUGCAUCUCCACAGUGCCUCUUUUAUUGGGUGUAUGUUGUCUGUGCUGCAGAAGGGCAGCAAAUUGGUCAUGUCGUCAUCUUCUAGGACAAAUCAGAUUGGCUGACAUUAGCAAAAUUGCAGAAAAAUCAGAUAAAAAAUUUAGAUAUUAAUUCUGAGCUACUGAAACCAAUUUCGGAUGUACGAGGUGUAGUUUUAUAGCCGAUGUGUUUAUUACAUGCUGAGGUUUAUCAAAAUAUUGUGAAAUGAUUGCAAUACAUGUAUAUCCACAGAACGAUUGCUUUUUAAGUGUUACUGUUGUGAAAGUAUUUAAUUUGAUUUCUUCCUUGUAAAGUAAUAUAGUCAAGUUUAAUGUCUUGCUCAUUUACAUACAUUUUGUGUCCAUUUCAGUUCAUAAUCCUAGCUGGCAUGCAUGGCAGAGCUUCUGUAGAACGGCAGAAUUAUAUUCUUGACUGUCACACCAUAGUUUUUCCUGAUAUCGUUUGUUUUUUUCCCCCAUUUUUGCUAUGCAGAUUAGAUCUAUAUUUCAUUGCUAUCUGUAUAAAUUCUGAAAAUACUCUGUUUCAUUGAUUCCUUCCUUUUUUUUAAAAGUAGAAUUAGACGUAUCUUCAAAUAUUAAUUUUAAAAAAUUGAAUUAUUUCGCAUAUUUCCAAAGUAUUUCGGUCAGCAAUCUAAUUGCAAAGAUUCAAUCAUGGAAGAGAUUUCUACUGCCUAGUCUUAUUUUUAUGUAGUAGCUCUUUGGAUUGCUUAGAGUUUUCACCUGUGAAUGCCAUGUUCAAUUUACAUUAAUAAAUUAAAUCGUACAUCAAUGAAAUAUGGUUAUAUGUAACGAGCAGCUACUAAAAUUGUUUGUUAGCUUGGAGAACUGACUAACUUGACGUUUUCUCGCCCCUAUUACAGCCAUUUUGUAGCCCUUUUGUAACACUUCGAGGAAAUGGUGGAUUUUCAUCCAUUCAGAUUUCUCCAUAGGAAAUUGUACAUGCAACAGCUGUCAAAUAGCACAGAUCUGCUUCUUUUGGACUGAGUAGUAUAUGGCAAUCCCUAUAAUUGUAAAACACCGUGAUUCAAUAAUGAUUUUUGGAGUUGAAUCAAUAGCAACGCUUUCUGCAACUGGUCCUUUGCAAAAAUCAAAUGCCUUGUUUUUUAACUAGGCUUAAGAAUAGUCUUACAUCAUACAUGAAAUGUUAUGUUUACAAUCUUAAUUCCUCCUUCUGGGUGGGUGUUUCAUAAAGCUGGUCGUAAGGUACGAGACUUUACAAACUGGUGACUCUUUCUUAAGAACUAAAUCAACGCCAUUGACAAUCUGGUGUGUAUUACUUACCACAAGAAAGGUUCACCAGUCGUUCGUAAAGCGGUUUUGCAACUUACGAACAGCUUUAUGAACCACCCACCAGAUUGGUGUUUCUUAAAGUUAUUCAUGACUUUACGAACGACUGGAACGUUAUCUUGAGUGCUAACUCAGUUGCAUAGGGAUAUGUCAUUUAGCAAAAGGAAGGGUCACCAAUUGUAAACAAUUUUUCGGCAUUACUCCUAUGUUUUUAAGAUCGCAUGCUUGAUCUGUAAUGAAAAUCACAAGUCAGAAAAAUUUGGAACCAGUGGGAUUCGAACGUACCAUCUACUGCCUGCCAGGCAGCGACUUAACCACCAGGCAUAAGAGUAAUGCCGAAAAUUUGUUUAGAAAUUAAAAUUUAUCUUAUUAAAGCCUCUUUAUGUACUAAAGGGUAAUCAGUCGUGCGUAAAGCCAUUUGUAACUUACAAAUGGCUUUUGAAACACUCACCUGGCCAGAAAUGCAACUGUUCUUAAAGGAUAUCUACAUGUAUUGUGUAAUUAUGUAUAGUUGUGAAAAUACAAACAUGUACUGUUUGGUAAACAACAUUCAAAAUAAAGAAGGCACUGUAAUAGUGUCAACAUAUUUGUACAGA